AAUGACUUGGAUUGUUGGAUUGUCGUUCAUAUGCAUGUAAUCAAAACCAAAAAUGGUGGUUUUCUCCAGCAUUGGCAAACGAUUUUGCAACCGAUCAUUCAAUGAUACAAAAUCCUACUUAUUACCCUCUCGAUUGCAAUUCCAGAGUAUCCGAACACUCCUCCUUCAGUCCGCUUCGGAAUCCGUCAAAGUUCAAAAACUUUCCGAUGCCGAUUCAGGAAUUAUCCAAAUUAACAUGAAUAGACCCGAAGCUAAAAAUGCCCUUGGGAAAGAUUUUCUAAAAGGACUACAGAAUAGCUUUGAAGCUGUAAGUGUAGACUCAUCUGCAAAAGUGUUGAUGAUAUGCAGCUCAGUCUCUAAAGUCUUCUGUGCAGGUGCUGAUUUGAAGGAAAGAAGAACCAUGGAUAUACCUGAAGUUCGAGCUUUUGUCAACUCACUAAGGUCAACAUUUUCAUUCUUAGAGGCACUUCAAAUCCCAACUAUUGCAGUUAUAGAAGGUGCAGCAUUGGGUGGGGGACUUGAAAUGGCUUUAUCUUGUGAUAUCCGAAUAUGUGGAGAAGAUGCCAAACUUGGCUUACCAGAAACCGGUCUUGCUGUAAUACCAGCGGCUGGAGGGACACAAAGGCUUCCUAGGUUAAUUGGAAGCUCAAUAGCCAAAGAACUUAUUUUCACAGGCCGAAAGAUCACUCCCAAAGAAGCAUUGUCAUUUGGUCUGAUUAACUAUUGUGUUCCUGCGGGCGAUGCGUAUUCAAAGGCGCUUGAAAUUGCACGUGAGAUAAAUCAAAAGGGUCCUGUGGCAAUACGGAUGGCUAAAAGAGCGAUUAACCAUGGUUUAGAAAUGGAGAUGGGGUCUGGUUUGGAAUUGGAAGAAGAAUGCUAUGAAGAGAUAUUGGUGACGGAUGAUAGGUUAGAAGGGUUGAAUGCGUUUUCUGAGAAGCGAAAACCUUUGUAUAAAGGCGAAUGAAAUAACCGAUUUUUGGUUUAUUGAUAUUGGCAAUGUACUUUAGUUUUUUUUGUUUUUUUAACUAUAUUAGUAAUGUACUUACACUUGUUAAACGGUUGUUAGCGAAUUUAAAAUAUUUAAAUUGGAG